AUGACUUUCCCAAGAAACAAACACCAUGUGCUCACAUUUUUGUCUUGCCCAACCCUCUCUCUACAGUAUUCAUUUUCUCUACAGAACAAGCCAGAGCUCUCUUACCAUCAAAGCAAAUGAGACCCUCAUCUUCUUAAAGGUUUCAGAAUCUGAAAUCUACACACACGGUUUCUCCUGAAAAGCUUCUCUAUCUGAGAUGGUUUUCAGGAGAGUGGCUGUUAUGUUCUUGGGUUGUCUUGGAAUAACCUAUCAGACUUCAAAAUCAAAACCUGCUCUUGCACCUGCAGACACUACUAAAUCAUCAUCUUCAUCAUCAUCUUCUUCAUCUUCUUCUUCAUCAUCAUCAUCAGAUGAUCCACCGAGGGUCAGACUCAGUGAUGGGAGGUACUUGGCUUACAGAGAGAGAGGAGUUCCCAAGAACAAAUCUAACUACAAAGUCAUUGUUGUUCAUGGAUUUGGUAGCUCCAAAGAAAUGAAUUUCAUGGCAUCCCAAGAGCUAAUGAACGAGUUGGGGGUAUACCUUCUGUUAUUUGAUCGAGCUGGGUAUGAAGAAAGUGAUCCAAAUCCAAAGCGCUCAGUCAAAAGCGAAGCAUUCGACAUUCAAGAACUUGCUGAUCAGCUACAAUUAGGACCCAAGUUCUAUGUAAUUGGAGUCUCACUUGGAUCUUACCCGACCUGGAGCUGCCUCAAACGUAUACCACACAGGCUAGCAGGGGUGGCUCUGGUAGUUCCGAUGAUCAAUUACAACUGGCCUUCUCUUCCUGAGGAUCUGAUAAAGGAUGACUACAGGAAGAAUCUAUCGCGGGGAACACUUUGGGUUUCACGCCAUAUGCCUAGACUACUACACUGGUGGUUGACUCAAAAAGUUUUCCCUUCUUCUUCUGUCCUCGAUAGAAAUCCUGCAUUUUUCAGCAAUAAAGACAUGGAGGUCUUGAAGGUUACCCCAGGGUAUCAAUUGCUAAACCAGGAUAAGUUGAAGCAGCGAGGUGUUUUCAACUCCCUCCGGCGUGACUUCAUCGUGGCAUUUAGCAAGUGGGACUUUGAUCCAUUGGAAUUAAAAAACCCAUACCCGAAAAACGAAAGCAAUGUUCACAUCUGGCAAGGCUAUGAAGACAGGGUUGUGCCUUACCAAUUACAAAGAUUUGUUUCAAGAAAGCUUCCAUGGGUUCGGUACCAUGAAGUCCCCGAUGGUGGACACUUGCUUGUGUACGACAGUGCUGUAUGUGAAGGCAUUUUAAGGUCUCUUUUGCUUGGAGAAGAUCCUCCAUUUUAUAGACCUAAAAUAGUCAGUUAAUUUUUCAUAUCUUUUGUCAUCAGAUUGAUGACCUUGUUUGUAAAUUCAUAUCUAUUACAGAAUUGACAGAACAUGUGUUACAUUGAAUUUUCAAGAAAGUUUCAAAGUAUUUUUUUUUUUA